AUGGAGCAUGAGAUACAAAAUUGGGUGCAAUGGGCCUAUAUAUCAACAUUAAAUACUGAUCUGAUUCCUGAUACUAUUCAGGAGGUGCUGAGCCUUGAGAACUGGGAAGCCAGGAAUGACUCAUAUUUUUAUGAACUUUUUAGAUGCAUGUCAGACCUCUGUAAAGAUUGGAAAUCUAUUUUGCCUGAUUGUUCAAGUGAGACCAAUUCUGUAAAGUCUUUUACUGGGUCAAGCUGUGUGUUGAUUUUGAGAAGUCAGCUCCACAAGGAAAAUAAUAUUUUGAAUAACACAUUCACUCUGUUGAUCUACAUCUGGAAUUCUGUACUCAAGCUCUGGAACUGCUUGACACAGAAACCAGGACUGAGAGAUAUUAAUUUGAAUAACUUCACCCAACAGAAGGUCCAAUCAAGAAAGUCAAAGAUUGUCCAUGUUGAGACUUUGCCAGGAAUUCUGAAUGCAGUCCAGUUGAUAUCUAGUAUGCCAUCUAGAAAAUCUGAUUCAUAUUCAGCUCAGGCAGUGCAAGCUCUGCAGGAGCCAGAGAAUGAUAAUUCAGACAAGAAGAAUUGGAAUUCUUUGCAGAACAUUACAGAGAAUUAUUUUGAGACUGCAAUAAAUUGGUCUGCCUGUUUAAAGAGACCUGCAUCAGUCACAACUGAUUGCAUGUUCUGA